UAGUGAAUGUGAAAUUGAAAUAGUUGACAUUCAAUGUUUGUUAGGUGCGUGUGAAUCUGUCAAAAUACGAGAGAUAUCGCGAAAUCGUCCCGGUCCUUGUGUUUUCGCAGUGGAAAUAUCGCUUCUAGCAACAAUGUGAUGUGCUAGUGUUUUGUUUAUAGCCGUGCUCCAGGUUUCUUGAUGGUAUUUUAUUCAAGUUAUCCAGGAUUUUCUGCUGAAAGGUAACCGGCCCCAAUAAUGUUCAGUUUCAUCAAGAAAGCCACUGUGACUGGAGUGACGUCCGACAAAGAGGAGAAGGAGAAGCGGAAGCGGGACAAGAAGGACCGGAAGGAGAAGCAAAAAAGGGAGCGGGCCAGCAUGUCGGCAGAGGAGCUGCUCCGCUUGGACGAGGUGCGCCGCUCGCUCAAAAUUCGCGGCCGGCGCAAGGAGAAGGAGAAACUCCCUUCGGGCAUCACCGCCGACUACACGGCCGACUUCCUCGCCAGCCUGGACCGCUCAGACUCCCCCAUCUCCACCCUACCCGGUUCUCCCUCUCACCCAAACCACCUCCACCACCAUCACCAUCACGACGGCUACACCCAAUCGGACAGCUCGGAAACCAGCCUGAACUCGCUCAACCACCCCCAGAACCACAAGACGCUGCCCCCCUUACCUCCGAAACCUCCCAAGAGGGGCAUCCUCAAGACGCCGAAGGUCAGCGUCACCCACGAGGGCAACGGCCACCACCAGGAGGUGCACAGCAACGGCUUUGACGCCCUCGACGACCACCACGCCAGCCUGGCGCGGAACACUAUGCAGAACGAGAUGAUCGCCUACCAGAACCUGCCCCCACACAACGGGAUGAACGGCACGGGGAAGAACAUGGGGUCGCAGCUGUUGGUGAUCACCUCCACGUCUCCCAGCGCGGACAGUCUCACAGACACGACGAAUUCAUCGUUCGCCACGCCGCCGUUCUCCCUGAGUCCCGUGGGGGAGUCCCAGGGCUUCCACAGGUGGUCGAGGACCGCCAACUUCGACGACGUCAACCUGCCCCUGCCCGACAUCGUACCCCUGGUGCUCCCGAAGCCGCGCACCCUCACCAUCCAACGCCAGAAACCUCCGAGGAACGACUUCGGCUUCUCCUUGAGGCGCGCCAUGGUGCUCGAGCGCAACACAUACGGGGGAGGCGGGGGCGGCGACGUCUCGGGAGUGAGCAUGCGAGCCGUCAUCUUCGCCGAGCCCGGCACCAUGGUGCAGCACAACAACGAGACGGGCCUUCUGCCCGGCGACAAGCUGCUGGAGGUGAACGGCGUCCCCGUCGAGGGCAAGACCAGGGAGGACAUCAUCGACCUGAUCAAGGCCUCCGGCGAGAGCGUCACCUUAAAGGUCCAACCGGUGGCGGAGCUCAGCGAGUUGAGCAGGAGGUCCGGUCACGACGGGGGUGAGGUCCACCUCGACGACGCCAACAUCAGGGGCGGCACACUGAAGAGGUCGGGCAGCAAAAGGUUCAAAUCUGCGACGGCCAAAUCGGACGAGCUUCUAGCGAAGGAGAAGCUAUGGUUGGACGCGGAGAAGGUUUGGUUGAUGCACAGAGGCGGCUUUGCGGCCGCCAGGAAGGAGAACGGCCCCCAAGAACCGGGAAAAUUGAAAAUACGAUUGGAAGCGACAGGCGAUAUCCUCAACGUCGACGAAGACGACGUAGAGAAGGCUAACCCCCCUCAAUUCGAUCGAUCAGAAGACCUAGCGUCUCUGAGACACCUCAACGAAUCCAGUAUACUUCACACCCUACGACAACGAUACGCUACUAACCUCAUACACACUUACGCAGGGAACACCACACUCUUAGUCAUAAACCCCAUGGCCCCCUUGGCUAUUUAUUCGGAAAAGGUUGUGGCGCUCUUCAAGGGCUGCAAAUCCGAAGAUAUGCCGCCCCACAUCUACUCCAUGGCCCAGUCUUCCUAUCAUGCUAUGCUCUCCACCCGCAGGGAUCAGAGUCUGGUCUUCCUGGGCCGCAGCGGGUCCGGAAAGACCACCAAUUUCCGGCACUGCGUCCAGUAUCUAGUCACUGCCGCUGGGACGGUCAACAAACUCCUUAAUCUGGAAAAAUUAACUGCGCUCUGGACUGUUUUGGAAAGCUUCGGGGAUUGUAAGACUGUUAUGAAUACCAACGCCACCAGGUUCACUCAGAUCUUCAGCCUGGACUUUGAUCAAAGCGGUGUGAUAGCUUCGGCCAGCCUGCAGGUCUUCAUGUUGGAGAAAACUAGGAUAACGAGGAAGAUAGAGAACGAGACGACAUUCCACAUCAUGCACCGGUUAUUGUCCGGUGUAGAAGGGAAUUUGAGGAAGGAAUUGUAUCUGGAGAACAUGUCCGGGAACGAGAACAACCCCUUCAUGACGAUGUUGCAGAAACACGAGGACAAACAAAGGGCCCAGCUGGAGUUUGUCAAAGUUUGCAGUUCCUUGAACAUCUUGGGAAUCACCGAUAUUGAACAGAAAGUAGUAUUUUCAGUUUUGGCAGCCAUUUUCCAUCUUGGAUGUGCGGGAGCUGUAAAAGCUGGAAAUAACAACCGUUAUCAAUUCGCCAACCCUCAGAGCGCCCAGAGAGCUGCCACCCUUUUAGGGACAACCGUCGAGGAACUGUCCAGAGUCAUUUUCGGCCUAGCUUCCGGAGGUAUGGGCACCCCCAACGCACCGAGGGCUCCAUUUAGAACACCCUCGCCCAUCGACAAAGGGUUGGAGAGGGAUGUUGUUGGAUUAGAAGCUGUUGAAGGGAUUAUUAUUGGCUUCUAUGCUGAAGUCUUCAACUGUAUAGCAUCUUUGAUCAACAGGUCGAUUUCUGCACCGUCGCAUACCGUCACCUCGAUCCUCUUAGUCGACACCCCGGGCUUCCAGAACCCCGCGACUUGCGGCAGGCAGGCGGGGGCUUCCUUCGAGGACCUUUGCCACAAUUAUCUUCAGGAGAGGCUGCAGCUUCUUUUCCAUCACACGAAUUUGGUAGCUCCCCGCGAUCGGUACUUACAAGAGAACAUUGACUUCACCUACGACGAACACGAGAACGAGAAUCUUAUCAACCCGAUGCCGUUGGUGAACCUCCUCGAUAAGCCAGCUCAGAACACCGUCAUCAGGACCUCCCAGACUGACCUGCACGAAGGCGACAGAAGAGGACUCUUGUGGUUGUUGGACGAGGAAGCGAUUUAUCCGGGUUCUUCGGACGAUUCAUUCUUAGAAAGAUUAUUCACUCAUUACGGCGACAGAGACCACCAGCUCUUGUUGAGGAAAGCGCCGGGUAACAAUCAGUUCAUUCUACAACACCUGCAAGGCACGAAUCCCGUUUUGUAUUCCUCGAAAGGUUGGUUGAGGCACAGCCGGGAGAAUCCCGUUGCUAGAGCUGCUGUGACUAUUCUUCAGGAAAGUUGCAAGGAGGAGCUUAGCAAGUUGUUUGUGAACUUACGAGGCUUGGGAGCUUCAAGCUUUGGAGGCUCCUUGGUCGGCAUCGAGGGUUCCCAGUCGCUCAGGAGGGCGUCCAGUAUCCGGCGGACGUGUACGGCUGGCACCGCGGGCAUUAAAAGGAAGAGCGUCUGCUUACAAACGAAGUUCACGAUCGACGGUCUCGUAGAGACCUUACGAAGGACGAAGUUGAGAUUCGUGCACUGCCUGUUACCGCAACACAAUGCUGGGCUGUGCGAAACCAACGCCUCGUUGAUGGCCGUGAAGACCACGGGACAACCCGACGAUUCCCUGAUAAACGUUCCGCUUCUUCGAUCACAGAUAAGGGGCGGUCAGAUAUUGGAGACGGUCAGACUGUACAAGCAGGGUUUCCCCAAUUUCCUGCCCCUAGGCGAAUUCAGGAGGCGGUUCCACCUGCUGGCGGGUGACCACAAGGUUACCAUUCCCGUGCUGGACGAAAGGAAGGCCGUGGAGGACAUGCUGCUCGCUUUGGACUUGGAACUGUCGAGUUACAGAGUCGGACUUAGUCAGAUCUUCUUCCGCAAUGGCGUCGUCUCCCAGCUGGAAACGCAGCGCGACGAACGUCUCGCCGGCAUGGUGGUCCAUCUUCAGGCGCACUGUCGCGGCUACCUGGCCAGACGCAAACUGGCCCAGAGGAAGCUGCAGGACCUGGCGGUGCGCUGCAUCCAGAGGAACGUCAGGAAGUUCCUCGCCGUCAGGGACUGGCCCUGGUGGCGGCUGCUGGUCAGGGUGACGCCCUUGCUGAACGUCCACAGGACUGAGGAGGAGCUGAGGCUCAAAACGGAUGAGUUGGAGGCGAUCAAAAUAAAAUUAGAAAAAUCCGAACACGACAGGUUAAAAUUAAAGCACGAGAAUGACAAGUUGGAGUCGAAGCUGAGCGAGAUGACGGCCGACCUGGCGGAGGAGCACUCGACGGCGACGCUGGCCGCCGAGCGCCUCGACGCCGAGGCGUCGGAGCGGGUGAAGAUCGAGCGCGAGCUGUCCGAGGUGCAGCACAAGAAUAAGGAACUGCAGCAGGCCUCGGAGAGGCUGGAGAUGGAGCUGCUGUACGCCCGCUCCGACCUGAACGGCAUCUCCGAGGAAGACGAGGACGCGGACGGCGACGGCGUCUACAAGCAACGCUACGAGAGAGCCGUCAAGGAGUUGGAGUUCACCAAGAGGCGACUACAGCAGCAGCACGAGGACGACCUGGAGCAGCUGGUCGGGCUGAAGAAGCAGCUGGAGAAAAAGUUGGCGGAUGCCUACGAGGAGGUCGAGGAGCAGCGCCAGGUCGUGGGCCAGUGGAAGAGGAAGGUGCAGAAGAUGAAUGGCGAGACGAAUGACCUCCGGCUGCUGCUAGAAGAGCAGAACGCCAGGAACAACCUCCUGGAGAAGAAGCAGAGAAAGUUCGACUCGGAGACGCAGAUGCUCCAGGACGAACUGAAGAAGGAGAAACAAGCCAAGGAGAGGCUGGCCAGGGAGAAGGAGGUCUGCGUGGCAGAAAAGUACACCAUCGAAAGCGCCCUGGCGGACAUCCGUUUGGAGCUGGAACUAAAAGAGGAACGGUUGUCCUCCCUCCAGCGCGAAUUCGACGAGAUAACCUGUGGCGGCAAGACGGAAGAGGAGGUGACCAUCCUCAGGAAGCAGAAGAUCGAUUGCGAACGACGCCUCCAGGACCAGGAGGAGGAGCUGGACGAGUUGGCCGGUCAAGUGCAACUCUUGGAACAGGCCAAGCUCCGUCUAGAGAUGACGCUGGAGUCCAUGAGGAAGGAGGCCAAGAAGGAGGCCCAGGUCAGGGACGAAGAGCUGGAGGACGUCCGGUGCAACGCCCAGAAGAAGGUUAAAGCUUUGGAAGCCCAACUAGAAAACGAACACGAAGAGAGGACGUUGCUUCUGAGGGAGAAGCACGAGCUGGAGAGAAGACUGUCCGCCGCUGCCGAGACUGAGCGACACGACAGAGCAGGAGACGAGGCCCUGUUGCAGAGGCUGAAGAGGGACCUGAAGAGAACGAAAGCCCUCCUCAGAGACACGCAAACCCAGUUGGACAGGCAGAAGGCAGAGACGCCAGGCAAGACGAUGAUCCGCCAGCUGCGGAACCAGCUGGAAGACAUGGAAUGCGCCAGGGCGAUGGCCGUCAAGGCCAGACAGGGCCUCGAAACCGAACUCAUGGAGACCCAGUCCCUCCUGGAGGACGCCCACAGGCAGAAACAGGACGCGGAAGAACGUGCCAACGUCCUGCUGAGAGAAAAGAGUGACCUGCAGUCCCAGCUGGAAGAGAACGAGGAGGAGCUGGCGGAGGUGCUGAAGAAAUUCAAAGGCACGGUACAACAGAUGUCCCUGGACCAGAUGGCGCUGCAGGAGCAGGUCUCGUUAGUGUCCGAGCUGGAGAUCGAGAAGAACCAGCUGAAGGAGCAACUGGCAGAGUUGACGUCAAAGUUGGAGUCAGUGGAGAGCAUGGGCGACGCUUCGUCCAACUUACAAGUCAGAAGGUCCGAGUUGAAAGUGAAAGAACUGGAGUCCAAGUUGGAGCUGGAACAGACCACGAGGGCCAGGCUGGAGGUUCAGAUCGCCAGACUGAAGGAGGCUGUGGAGAAGUUGCAGAACGAGGUUGCCGGGUCCAGGGUCAAGGAGCAACAAGGACAGGACCAGGUCAGGAAGCUGCAGAGACAGUUGAGGGAGAUAAAGGAGGAGCUGAACAAGAGCCUGGCCAAGGAGUCGGAGGUGAUCAUCAAGAAGAAGGAGCUGGAGAAGAGGUGCGAAUCCUUGGAGGCGGAAAACUCGACGGCCCGUACUGACCUACGCCUGGCCCUGAAGAGGAUAGAGGACUUGCAGUCGGCCAUCCAGGGCGAUCUGGAGGACAGCAUUUCGGAUAACUCCGAUAGCGAACAAGACAGUUACAGUUCCGACGAAUCGGUGAGCACUUUCCUGGCCAACCACAAGUUGGGCUCUCCUAAGAACGAGAAGACAUCUUUGGGAAACGACAUUAGGAGAUUAUCCAGUGCCAGCCGUUCCAGCACCUCCAGCAACCUGGGUAAGGACCCGUCGUACACCUGAGUGGCGGUGAACAUCUGCAGAACGCUUUCGAUGACAUUCUGCAGACAAGAAGCAGACGAAACGGAGGUCCUUCCGGCCGAAUACGUCUAACGGAGCGAAUAAACGUACAUCACAGCCCGCGCCCCCAAAACCGCUACGUUUCCUCUGAGGAUUCGUGGCAUUCCGGGGCCCAUCACCAGUACGACGCCAACUUUGUGAUAAGACUGAAGAGUUUAGAGGAAUUACACUGUAAUUUAUUAUUAAUUCGUUGUACUUAGCAACAUGCAGGUUAUGUCGCAGAUCAAAAUUUGUACUCGGUAGCCUUAGGGUCGCAAAUUGUUAUUUUCUAUUUCUAGGUGAGUAUUAACUUGUAAAUAUGCUUCGUUUAUGUAAUUAAUCCAUGUACUAUAUUAGCGUAGAACUGUAAUUAUUGCUAUUACUACUAUUUAAUUUUUAUAAAGUCAUUGUACCUACAGUUUUACCAUAUUUGUCUGUAAUAUAUAAAUGUUGUGGAAAUAAAUUGUUUACAAUAUGAAAA